CCACAGGUUUGAUGAAGAUGAUGACAGAGAAGACAUUCAUCAUCUUUGCGGGUCUCAUCUCUUUGUUGGAUGCAGGCGAGUGGUACCCCAAAAGUCUGAAGUGUGACGUUUCUCUGGCUAGUAACGGGAGCGAGGUCACAGUCAACUGCACUGAACGAGAACUAACAGAAAUUCCUUUGGGAAUCCCAACGAAUACCACCAACCUGACCCUAACGAUCAACCACAUACCCCAUAUUACGAAUGAUUCAUUUCACAAACUGCAGAACAUCACUGAGAUCGACCUGCGCUGCAACUGCGUACCAAUCAAGGUCGGGCCCAAAGACCGCGUCUGCACCCAGAGCGUGACGAUUGACAACGGCACCUUCUGGAAGCUAAAGAACCUCAAGUCGCUUUAUUUGGAUGGUAACCAGCUGUCCAGCAUACCCAAAGGCCUUCCUCCCAACAUAGUGCUUCUGAGUCUCGAGGUCAAUAGUAUUUAUUCAAUCCUUAAGGAGAAUCUGACAGAACUGACGAAUAUCCAAACACUGUAUCUCGGCCAGAACUGCUACUUCCGGAACCCAUGCAACACAUCAUAUUACAUUGAAAAGGAUGCGUUUGUGCAGCUUGACAAGAUGAAUUUGCUUUCUCUGAAGUCUAACAACUUGUCUUACAUCCCCCACCAACUACCAUCCAGCCUCAAAGAGCUGUACCUGUACAACAACAAUAUUCAGACAAUAACAGAGAUGGACUUUCACAACCUGACAGAGCUGGAGAUACUGGACUUGAGUGGGAAUUGUCCACGUUGUUAUAAUGCACCUUUUCCCUGCGUUCCAUGCCCAAAUAAUGCUCCCCUUCAGAUACAUCCAAACUCCUUCAAGACCCUGAAGAACCUAAAGACUCUACGGCUUCAUAGUAAUUCUUUAACACACAUCCCUUCAGAGUGGUUUCAAAAUCUGACUCAACUUAGUCUUCUAGACCUCUCGAGCAACUUUUUGGCUAAGGAGAUAACAUGCACCUCCUUUCCUUCGUGGUUGCCUAAUCUGGAAGAGUUGGAUCUGUCUUUCAAUUACGAGCUCCAGGUGUAUCCUACAUCCCUCAACCUUUCAAGAUCAUUCCAUCACCUUAAAUCUCUGAAGGUCCUAAGAAUCAGAGGGUAUGUGUUUCAAGAACUCAAGCAGGAAGACAUCCAACCGUUGGCUAAUUUGAACAAACUGGAGCUCAUUGAUCUCGGCACAAACUUCAUAAAGAUAGCACAUCUCAGCGUCCUGAGGAACCUGAAAAGCUUCAAAAUCAUCAACUUGUCCGACAACAAAAUCUCAAUGCCUUCUCAAGGAGAAACUUUGCUUUCUAACCACAGAGAAAACCAUUAUAGUUCUCCAAUGUCGCAAGGUGCACAGUACCACAAUGGAGAAGUGAAGGAUAUGCACUAUUUCCUUUAUGACGAAUAUGCACGCAGCUGCAAAUACAAAGACAAGGAACUCUGGAUUUCAAGUCCUUUCAACAACGAAUGUAGCUCCUUUGGAAAAACAUUGGAUAUUAGUAGGAAUAACAUAUUUUUCCUUCAUUCUAGAUUUUUGGAUCUUGAUGAGCUGAAUUGUCUGAAUCUCUCUGGGAACGCCAUGAGCCAGAGUUUGAACGGUUCUGAGUUUGUCCAGUUGAAGAAUUUACAAUAUCUAGACUUUUCAGACAAUCGUCUGGAUUUGAUGUUCUCUUCAGCAUUUCAGGAACUAAGCAGCCUGGUGGUUCUGGAUAUCAGCCGUAACAGCCAUUACUUCGUGGCUGAGGGUUUGACUCACAUGCUGAAUUUUACAAAGAACCUGGGUAAGCUGAGCAAAUUAAUCAUGAACGAUAAUCAAAUCUCGACAUCUACCAACACCGAAAUGGAGAGUUUUUCUCUGGAGCAUUUGGAGUUUAAAGGCAACCGUCUUGAUAUGUUGUGGAGAGACGGAGACACGAGGUAUGCCAACUACUUUAAGAAACUUUUGGCCUUGAAGUCUCUUGAUAUCUCUCGCAACAACCUGAACUUCAUCCCGCUAGAAGUUUUUGAAGGUCUUCCAGACACCCUCACAGAGCUGUACAUUACUAACAACCGGUUAAAGUCAUUUCAUUGGGAGGGCCUUGUGAACCUUAAAAACCUAAAACUGUUAGACCUCAGUGGGAAUCACCUGACGGAUGUUCCUGCAUGCUUGUCUAACUAUACAAAAUCAAUCGAAACUCUGGUUCUACACAAGAACAACAUUGUAAAACUGACUCCCAAUUUUCUCAAGGAUGCAUUCAGCCUCAAGGUCCUGGACCUCAGUUACAAUCGCAUCCAGUUCAUCGAUGAGUCGAGUUUCCCGGGAAAUGUCAUAGACCAGCUGCAGACCCUUUACUUGAACAACAACCGGUUUGUGUGCUCCUGCAAUGCCACGUGGUUUGUCCGAUGGAUCAACCGGACGUCCGUGAACAUCCCACGCCUGGCAACAGAUGUCACCUGCGCUUCACCAAGUGCCCAAAAAGGUCAAAGUGUGAUUUUCCUCAACAUCCAGGCCUGCCAACACAAUUCCCUAUCCAUCAUCCUCUGCAUUUUACUGACCUCUGUGAUUCUAAGCAUCCUCACGCUCACCAUCUCCAGCCAUCUCUUUCUUUGGGAUGUUUGGUACAUCUACCACUUCUGCUUGGCCAAACUCAAGGGAUACCGUCGGCUUUCCUCCAACAGCUCAGUCUACGAUGCCUUUGUUGUCUACGAUAUGACUGAUCCAGCCGUUCAUGAGUGGGUCAUGCAAGAGCUUCGCGUUCACCUGGAAGACAAGGGUGACCCAGGGAUGCAACUCUGUUUGGAAGAGCGGGAUUGGGUUCCUGGAUGUCCCCUCAUUGAAAACCUUUCCCAAAGCAUACAGUUGAGUAAACGCACUGUUUUCAUUCUGACCGGACGAUACAUCAGGAGCGGCAGCUUCAGGACAGCAUUUUAUUUGGCCCACCAGCGACUCAUGGAUGAAAGGAAUGAUGUUAUCGUACUGAUAUUCUUGGAGAAAAUGCCUUGUCAUUCCAAGUACCUCAAACUGAGAAAGAGGUUGUAUAAAAAAUCAGUUCUCGAGUGGCCGAGGAACCCUCAAGCGCAGAGGUACUUCUGGUUCAGUCUCAGAAGUGUCAUGGCAACUGAGAGUCAGCAAUACAAUAAACUCUUCCAGGAAACUCUGGUGAUAAAAUUAGACCUCUGGCUCAUUAUGACAUUGAAGAUCACACUAACCCUUUGUCAAAUGGACACGGCAAAUCCGAAGAACCAACCCUGUGAUAUAUAUGACAAUGUAACCGCAAUGACAGUUGUGGUUGACUGCCAUGAACGUGGACUCCAACUGGUGCCAAAGUUCUUACCAAACACAACCUCCCUUGAUCUGUCCGAGAACAAGAUCAAGAACAUAACAGCAGAACAAUUCCAAGACCUGGCAAAUCUGACCAAUCUAAAUCUGAACUGGUUGAAUAAUAAUCAUGAGGUUCUUGUUGGCGCCGGGGUGUUUGCGAAUAUGACCAAGCUACGUACACUGGAGCUCAACGGGGUCCGACUAAAGGACGUACCAAAAGAUAUUCCAAAGAAUCUGCAAGAACUAAAGCUGGUUGAGAACAAGAUCACCCGGUUAAACUCAACAUCCUUUAGGCAUGUGCAAAAUCUGUCACUCAUUUACCUUUCGAGAAACUGCUACUACUGGAAUCCUUGCUCGAGUUAUCACAUAGAAGAUGGAAGUUUUUCUGUCCUGACCAAGUUGAAACACCUUACUUUGUCUUUUAACAAUUUAACUCAAGUCCCCAAAGGAUUACCUGUCUCAUUGAUGAAACUUGAGCUUGCUUCAAACAGAAUAUCGUACGUCGGAGAGCAUGAUUUCCGAGGACUCGACAAUCUGAUAAGUCUAAAUAUCCAAGGGAACUGUCCGCGGUGUCAUAAUGCUCCAUAUCCAUGCAUUCCGUGUAAAAAUGUUUCCAUUGAAAUUCAUCCACGAGCCUUUGCCGGCCUCGGAAACCUGCGGAUUCUGAACCUUGCUGGAAAUUCGAUCGAGAAAAUCGAUCCUACUUGGUUCGCAAACAUCUCAAAGCUUGAGGAACUCUACCUGUCGUUUAAUUUCUUGUUCAAUGCUGUUCAAAAUAAUGUUUUCUUGAAUAAUCUGCCACUGCUGACAAAACUCGAUCUCUCGUUUAACUACGCUCUCAAGGCUUACCCCCCCACAGUUAAAAUAUCGCCCAGCUUUGCAAACUUGACCUCGCUGAGGACGCUGCACCUUCGUGGAUUGGUUUUUCAAGAAAUCCAAGAAGACACCUUCAGCUCUCUGUUUGGUUUACAAAAUCUGUCGGUGUUGGAUGUAGGAAUAAACUUUAUUGUCCGUGCAAAAGCGGAAAUAUUUGAAAAAUUUCAACAUGUGAAACUAAUCUAUCUUUCGGAAAACAGACUUUAUCCGGAGUUGCGUAAAGAUGCAGGCGUUGGUUUAAAAUCUUCAUCCAUGAUGCCCUCCAUGUCAGAACCUUAUCCUAAAGGCAAUUCUUUCGUCAUUCCAAAAGAUCUUGUAAAACCAGAGUGCUCCGCCGCCGGUCGCGUGUUGGAUCUCAGCCGAAAUAACCUGUUCUUAAUUACUCCUGAACAGUUUCAGCCAUACGGGAACAUAUCUUGCCUAAAUCUCUCAGGAAAUGGCUUCGCCACGGCUCCGAAUGGAUCUGAAUUCACAUCGCUCCCAGACCUCAAAUAUCUGGACUUGUCCUCCAACAGAAUUGACCUGGCAUACGAUUACGCUUUCCGAGAGUUACAGAGUCUUGAGGUGCUAGAUCUUAGUGACAACCCUCAUUACUUCACUGUGGAAGGUGUGACCCUCAAUUUGAACUUUCUCAAACAUUUGCCCUCUUUGAAAGUAUUAAAUAUGAGCUCCAAUAGCAUCCGUACGUUAACCACCAAAACCAUGUCAAGCAAGUCUCUUCAAGAGCUGCAAUUCCAGCACAAUAGCCUCGGCAGGAUGUGGAGGCUGAAAGACAGAACCUACGAUAGGCUGUUCGAAGACUUGACCAAUCUGACCUAUCUUGACAUAUCCUAUAACUACAUUGAGAAGAUCCCUUUCAGGAUUCAUAAAAAUCUUCCCAAAAGCAUUCAAAGAUUGUGUUUAAGCCACAAUCACCUGACAAACGUUAGUUGGGAAAUGUUGAGACAAUUCCCUCAUCUCCGAGAGCUCAUUUUAAGUUACAACAACAUCCUUAAAAUAUCUAGUAACUUGUCGAGCGAUGUUCCUUCUUUAGAGUUCCUUGAUCUGCGGCACAACCAAAUAUCCCAGCUUUCCAGUGGAUUCCUCCAGGGAGCGGUAAACCUAGAGAGGCUUGAUCUCAGUCGCAACCACCUCAUAACCAUCAACCAGUCCACGUUUCCAUCUGAAACCGAGAUUUACCUAAAGAUGCUGUGGCUCAGCGGCAACCCUUUCCACUGCACAUGCAACCUGCUUGAAUUCGUUCUGUGGAUUCGCAAGACUGACGUGAAGAUCCCCAGAUUGGUGACUGCAGUGACGUGUGCCAUGCCUGAAGAGAGGAAAGGUGAAGCAGUGAUAGAAUUUAAAAUUACAGAAUGCAUUGAUGACCAGUUGGCAUUUCUGGCGUACUUCUUCUCCACUUUUUGCAUUAUAUGCACCACUUUCGUGGCCAUCGCAAUGCACCUUUUCUACUGGGACGUUUCCUACUUAUUCUACUAUGUGAAAGCCAGAUUUACUGGGUAUCAGCAACUGAGCUCUGACAGCUGCAUCUACGACGCCUUCAUCACCUACGACACCAAGGACACACAGGUGUCUGACUGGGUGCUCAAUCACCUGCGAGUGCAGCUGGAGGAACAAGGCGAGCGAUUCCUGCCCAUUUGCCUGGAGGAACGGGACUGGAUUCCCGGUUCUCCGGUUCUGGACAGUCUGACGCAGAGCAUCCAGCACAGCCGCAAAACCGUCUUCGUCCUGACCGAGCGCUACGUGAACAGCGGCUCCUUUAAGCUGGCCAUCUUCCUGGCGCACCAGAGGCUUCUGGAGGAUAACGAGGAUGUGAUCGUGCUGCUGCUGCUGGAGCCCGUGUUGCAGCACUCACACUUUCUGCGGCUGCGCAGACGGCUCUGCGGGCGCAGCAUUCUCGAGUGGCCGCAUUCACUGUCCGCCGAAGCCUGGUUCUGGCAGUCGCUGCGGAACGCCAUACGAGUCGACAACCAGGCCAUUUACAGCGACCUCUACAGCAGAUAUUUCACCACUAAGUAGGAGG